AUCGUGCACCGGAUGCAGUGUCAGUCAACAGUUUCGCCGACAUUCGACGACUGGCAAUAUAUCAGCAAUCUAUGCAAUUUAAUGUGUUUAUUGGUCGACAAUUCCGAGUCAGUUAACAAAUAUUGUCUAGCUGUUUUUUGUUUUUAUAAUUUUACAUCAAAGCACUGGUCUCCACAAUGACAAUGAUGUAAAGGUACGAAUGGAAAACGCACUUCAAAGUCAACGGCAUGAGUAUCGAGCAUUCCUAUAUCCUAUUCCAUUUUUUCGCACAAUGCACAUGUUCUAGUUUUAUGUUUACAUAGCGACUGUUGCCUCCAUUUUGUUGCAUAUACUCAAGGGAACUACGAUGGAGAUAUACUCACAGAGUGGAAUAGACGGUCACGUUUGGCUGGUCAGGUGUGUCUAUUUUUUGAAGCAAGCCAACUGCGUGCUGCGUUUCACUUGUGGUCAAUUUUUGUAGUAGGCUUUUUGGAAAAUAAUGUCACAGUGUGUUUGGAUUUAUGUCCAUAGAUUACACAGUUUAACACAUGCAACCAACAAAACAGUAUAGAGGACGUUUCGCGCUGCUUCGCCCUGCAUUUGUCAGCCAUUUUCAGGGAAAACAUGAAUGAAUCGGUGGCAUCAACGUACGAUGAGCAGGGUGGACCGGACCCAGUGGAACAGCUAAGCAAACAGCCUCCAGAUCUAGAGUGUCUUCAGCCUGCUGGUCACCAAUCUUCAGCAGGUGUUGGCCCCUCCUCACCUUUGGCUGAGACAAGUGGCUUGUUGUCUUUACCAUGGGAGCUGAUAAUCCAAAUUGCUUCACACCUACCUGCACAGUGCGUCACCUCUGUGCUGCCAAAGGUCUGUCAGGCAUUAGGUAGUGUGAGUAAGGACAUCACAGCUUGGCAACUCCGAGCUCAUAAGUUAACAGGAACCCAAACUCCCUUUCCAGUGGGGCCAAGGGAGGAUUUUGAUUGGCCUACUGCUUGCCUCGAGAUGGAGCAGCUUAUAAACAGCUGGACAAGCCACACACAUCUUUUAGCCAAACACACCCAAGAAGAUGAGGAGGGAAGGAAUCAAGGGAGGCAGCAGCAAGGGGCAGUUCAGGGAGAAGAACCAGUUCCAGAAGGACAGGGAGAUGGUGGAGGGGCUGAGGUAGAAGGGGCACGAGUGGUUGCACUGGAGGCUGCAUGUGGUGGUGGUGAUGAAGGGGUGGAGGUGGCAGUAGAAAGUGAUAAUGGGGACAUGCAGCCCACACCACCAGCACUGGAAUGCAUCACCAUUCAAACAGACCACAUUGCCCAAAUUGACUCAGUCCUCCUGGUAGGAGGAGAGGGGACAGUUUGUGCUACUGGUUCCAGAGACUGGAAUGUUAAACUGUGGGAUCUUCACACAAACUCUAGUGGUGCACUGCUGCACAGUUUGGGAGGUCCAAGAAACUUCAGUACUCAUCAGGGCUGGGUCUGGUGCCUGGCAUCUCAGGGAUCUCUACUGGCUUCAGGGGGCUUCGACAGCACAGUGAGGCUGUGGGACCUGCAGUCAGGUGGUGCAGAGAGGGGUCUAAUCAGAGCUGGGGCCACUGUCCUCUGCCUGUCCUAUCAAUCGGAUGUGUUGCUCGCUGGGACAUUUGACAAGAGGAUCAGCAUGUAUGACACCAGAGCGGCUGAACCCCUGGUGAAGAGUCUCCGUCUCCAUGGUAGUGCUGUAAUGUGCCUAGCUGCAGAUGACAAGUACAUUAUCUCUGGGAGUAAAGACUGUAGUGUGGCUGUGUUUGACCGUAGGGCAGGCAAAGGCUUGAAGAAAAUUCAGCUGAAGUCAUACUUGCUGUCCAUGAGCUACAGUGGUAGUGAAGUAUGGGCAGGAGACAACAAUGGCUUGCUCCACUCCUAUUCCAUGCAAGAGGGAACUUUGAAACCCCUGCUCCAAUUUGAUGUGGGACACAAAGCUCUGAUUACUGGCAUCCACAGGUCCCCUGGGAGCCUUUACACCUGUUCAUCUGAUUCUACUCUCAAGGUCCACGUUCCUUGUGCACCUCCAAGGACAUUAUGCACAAUGUAUCAUGAAGCCGGAGUCAACGGGCUCAGUGUGGAUGCUGGAGUCCUUGCUGUAGCAACAAGGGAUAUGUUUGUAGAAGUCUGGAGGCCCAGGAAAUGAAAGAGCAACACUUGGAACCUACAGUAUGUGGCAGCAGUAAAAGCAGGUGGAGGCAAAACCAGAAGCUUUCAGUACUAUACUGAUCUUGCAGCAUUUUUGAAUUCAGGAUUUCUACCACUACUACUACACAGAGGUGGGUAGAGUAGCCAAAAAAUGACUCAAGUAAAAGUACUGUUACUUUAAGAUAAUGACUCAAGUAGAAGUAAAAUUACACAUGAAAAUAAUUACUUGAGUAAGAUUAAAAAAGUAUGCAGUGAAAAGACUACUCAAGAGCACAAGUACUGAGUUUCAGGCCUUUUGAUUUAUUUUUAAAAUAUUCAGAGCAACAAAAAUGGUACAAAAUAGA